UCGGCGCCACCAACAUGGUAUUCAAGCACUAUGUGGAAAUUGGCCGGGUGGCCUACAUUUCCUUUGGGCCACAUGCUGGCAAGCUGGUAGCUGUUGUGGAUGUUAUUGAUCAGAACAGGGCUUUGGUUGAUGGCCCAUGCAGUGGCGUGAGGAGGCAGGCCAUGCCAUUUAAAUGUAUGCAACUUACAGACUUUGUGCUCAAGUUCCCACACAGUGCUCAUCAGAAAUAUGUCCGGGCUGCUUGGGAGAAAGAAAAUAUCAAUACAAAAUGGAAAGCCACAAGAUGGGCCAAGAAGAUUGAAGCCAGAGAAAGGAAAGCUAAGAUGACAGAUUUUGACCUUUACAAAGUCAUGAAGGCCAAGAAAAUGAGAAACCGAAUUAUCAAGCAUGAAGUAAAGAUGCUCCAGGAGGCGUCCACCCAGAAGGGAUCUCCCAAGAAAGGGGCUGCCCAGAAGGCACUGGCUGCAGAGGUCUCCGCCAGGAAGGUCCCCUUGAAGAAGGCUGAGGGUCAGAAGGCCGCCCCUGGCCAAAAGGCUCAGAAGGGUCAGAAAACCUCCAGCCAGAAGGCCCCAGCCAAGAAGAGACCCACCCAGAAAACAGCGUAG